ACUAAUUAAAGGAAAACGCUCAACUGUAAGUGCAGAAUGUUUACCGAAGCGUUACAAAAAUCCAUUGAUGGAAGGUGUGCGGUGGGUGGAACGAUACUCAACGACUAUCGAUAAAUUCUGGAGAACUUUGCCUGCGUAUAUACGAAAUGUGUUAGGUUCUUUUGUGAUAUUCCUGAUGGCUUCUGCGAUAAAAGGUGACUGGAUCGCUAUUGGGGUACAUUUGGUCAAGCACUUCAAAGGCACUGCCGAGCACAACAGUACCGACGGCCAGCACCUGUUGGUGACGAACAACACCAAUGGAACAGGUACUGCCAAGAUAGAUGACUUGCUGGCUUAUUUGAACCUCCAGGGGCUGCCACAUUACCUAGUCAUGGCAAUUACGGGUUCGUUUCUUAUCUACUUUGGCUCUGGAGGAUUCAUUCACUGGUAUUACUACGUCAACAGACGGGACAGACCACAGGAAUGGAAGUGCCAACCGGAGAAGUUUUUAUCUCCCGAAGUGGAACUGCAUGAAAUAUUCGUUGGGGGAUUUUCAAUGCUUAUCAUGAGCUGUUUGAGUGGAAUCCUUUCAUGCUAUGCUAUGAAUAAUGGCAGAUUACUGACCCUGUACUAUCGAUGGGACGAGUACGGUUGGUGGUGGUUCUUUGGUCAAAUAUUAGUGAUAUUUUUGUAUCAGGACUAUCUAACGUACUGGCUUCACAGGAUCUAUCACUGGCCGUUUCUAUACAAACACUUUCAUAAAUUGCACCACACCUACAAGCAACCUACAGCAUUUUCCGUGACUGCGAUUCACCCUGUGGAGAUUCUCCAUGUUCAGUUAACGAUGCUUUUGCCAAUAUUUACCAUACCAACGCACUGGGCGGCUUUCUAUUUUGUCGAGACCUACACGUAUAUCCACGGAAUCUUGAACCACAGCGGAGUGAACAUCAAAUCGUUCUGGUGGCAACCGUGGCAGCCUGACACGAUGUUCCACGACAACCAUCACCAGUACUUCCACGUCAACUUUGGUUUCAACAUCUACCUGUGGGACGUUUGGCACGGAACGUACCGGCGAAAGGAUCGCGUUUAUUCGGAGGAUAUUUUUGGCGGGAAAGGAAAAAGCUUCGAGCAGGUUUCUGAAAAAGAGCUUCUGAAGGAUCUCGAUGAGAGGAAAACUGAAAAUCCGAACGCCUAUCGGGAUGACGUCAAUGAAUAUGCCAUUCAGGAUACGGAAGUGAGCCAAAUUAUUAAAAAAGCUAAGCAAAAGUAGAAUAGGCAGUUAAAUUUAAGCAAGAAGUCAAAAUAUUUAUAACAGAAAUCCGAUUGAAUGAAUAAUUUAAAGGAUAACGACUGUUUUUUUUAGGAAAAAAAAUAUAUCGACGC